UGUGCGACCUGUAGACAAUCAGAUUGGACCGUAGAUCAUCAAUUGUGCAAAAUAGAAACCAUCACAGCAUGGCAGCAAUGCAUGGCAGCCGGUUUGACGGUCUAUGAAUCGUUGCUGAUUCGAUCCGACCGUUGCCAACCCCGCGAUGGAGAUGAUUUAAUCUCCGUAACCAGAUAUCAAAGCCCGUUCUUUCUCCAACAACUACAAUUAAUCCAGACACUUUGUCUAUUUUUCUUUCACCCUUCGCAUAAACUGUAAUAAUAAUUACCGCGAAAAUGGAGUUCGAUCCCAAGACUCCUCAAUACCUCACCUCCGACAAGUCGAGCUUUGGUUACGUCUCUGCACAUGAGCGGUGGCCAGUCAUCCUCACUGGUGCAAUUGACGACCUUCACCGAACAGUGGGCAAUGUGACCGACGAGGAGAAAGCCAGAGAGGGCAAAGGCAUCAUCGGAGACCUGGCAAAGUUGAAAUAUGAACUGCAGCAUAACAGACAACUGACACCACUCCCCGACGAUGGCGAACCGAGCAUUGCGGAAUACAACCAGGAGUUGGAGCAAAGAGGAAACCCCUCAUGGUUGGAUGUACCAUGGCUUUUCGCGGAGUGCUACCUCUACAGACGCUUGAGUACCCUCUUCGCCCUCUCCAAGCACUGGAAGGGCUACGAUGUCUUCUCCCGUCAAAAGAUGUCCACCUUCAAGUCGUCCCGUCCGGCAGUUCUCGAAUUGGCUGCACGAUACAAGGAACUCUCCCUGGAGGCAGAGAAGGGUAAAGGCGUGGAUGGUAGAACAGUGGAACAGGCCGAGCAAGCGGAUCGAAUUAUCUUCUCUGAAAUGUGUGAGAUCUGCUUAUGGGGAAACGCAACCGAUCUGUCACUUUUGACGUCGCUCACCUAUGAGGACAUCCAAAAGCUGCAAGGCGCAAAGGCACGCAAAGCAGCAGAGGACAACAUUCUCAUCAACGAUCUCGACUCCGCUUUCGAUGUCCUGCAAAAGGCACAGAAGGAAAAGAAGGAUGAGGAGCGACGGGUCGACAUUGUUCUUGAUAACUCUGGAUUCGAGCUCUUCGUUGAUCUCAUCCUGGCUGGUUACCUCCUGUCCGCAGGUCUAGCGACGACGGUUGUUCUUCACCCCAAGCUGAUCCCUUGGUUCGUGUCGGAUGUCACUCCCCCGGAUUUCACAGAUUUGCUUAACGCCCUGGCCGAUGCUCAGUCAUUCUACACAGCACCCGAUGAGACAGGAAGGAAACACGAGCCUUUAUCCGAAAAGGAACAGAACGAGGUGCAAUUCCUCUUCGACCACUGGAGCCAGCUCCACCAAGAUGGAAAGCUCAUCAUCCGCCCACACCCAUUCUGGACAACCGCAGGAGGCUACUGGCGCCUGCCCCAUGUGGCACCCGAGCUGUUUGACGACUUGAAGCAGAGCGAACUAGUUCUGCUCAAGGGAGAUCUCAACUACCGCAAGCUGACCAACGAUGCCGCUUGGGACCCAACCACUCCUUUCACAACCGCAAUUGGCCCCCUUGGCCCCAAGUCCGGUGUCCGUAUCCUCGCUUUCCGCACUUGCAAGGCAGACACGGUUGUUGGUCUGAAGCCUGGUGAAGACGAAAAACUCCGAGAGACGCCCGGUGGUGGAGGCUCCGAGCAACGCAAAUGGGCGUGGAGUGGCAAGUGGGCUGUUGUUUCAUUCUGUGAUGGAAAGGCAUAGAUGCUGGUUACCUAACAGAUGCUAGUUGUGCAUACACAAGAUACUACUUACCAUGAGAAUAUAGACUGCCAUUAACCUUGGAUAUCCGAGCUACCCAACAAGCUACUGUUGGUGUAUGAACUUAAUAAGAGACAAGCAUUCCAGAUUUCAAUUCAAUUCCAUGGCUAUAGACUGGAGGCCUUUGACAUUAACAAUCACAGAUAUACAAUAGAGCACAAAGGA